AUGGCCGCACCUCCAGCAGUACCAGCACCAGCUGCAGCUGCUCCUCCGACCCCUGCAGCUCUGCCUUUUACCACUGGUCCGGAUUGCCACGAUCGCGCCUAUCAGACAAAUCGAACUACACCUUGUAGCGAUCGUCCUGGCCACUCUCACUGGCGAAAACACUAUUGUACUCACAUCAACACAUACCAUGAUCGGAACUACAGAGUGUGUGGCGCUUGCUCUGAUAACACGGAUGCUCAACCGUGGGCACAGCAAGGCCACAUCGAUAUCAUGCAAAUUGGAUUCCCAGGGAACAAUCCUUUCACUCCACCCGCACCAGGAGCAGCUGGAGGCUUUCCAUGGCCGGCAGGGACGAAAGGGACCUGGACUGGCUUCUUGACGAGGCUUUGCAAACAAUGUGAAUGCCUUGAACAACAAAAGCUAUGGGAGUUUGUCAACCAGACCCCGGGUCAAUAUUAUCGAAACUGGCGUCGCAACAAUACACCAACAUAUGCGGACUGGCGCGAACCUGGAGACUUUCCUCGCAACAAGUGUACUUGUCUCUUCAAGCUUGGCACUACAGGCCCUGCUCCUGGCCUAGGAGGCCUGGAGGAUCCAAGAAUGUGUAUAAGGCAUCGUAUGAGACGGUGGAACAAUAUAAUCGCGAACAGAGAUCGAAACGACCGGUGGCUCCGCUCUAUUGCCAUUGACAAGAACACGCAAGAGCUCUGUACUGCUAGUCCGAGGAGACUGAGUAGUAGGGACUGCAAAAGUACUCAAGCGUAUCGUGCUUGCCGAUGCGGAUCCGAAGUUGAAACCCCGAUACAGCCCGCAUCAGCUGUUGCGGGUGGUGCGGAAGUAUGGCAAUGCAUGGGCUGCGAGAAUCUGGUCCACGUAGUCGACCCUGGCGGUCCUUCAUCGCAGUAUCAAGGUCCUUAUGAUGUCGAUAACCUCAGAGAAACGGCCGAGCGUGCUUGCAAAAAGUCGCGGAGUCGAGGAGAUGUCAGCUUACGCCGCGAGAAACUCGAGCGUAAGGUUUAG